AUGGCGCAAGCGCCAGCAACCAACCCAAUCAAGGAACCAUUUCCCAUCUCCCUCGUCGGUGGUCGCUACCUCCUCUUCGAUGUGGACGUCAUUGCGCACUGCCGUCGCGCGCACAACAUCUGCGGACUCUUGGUGGGCACGAUCCCGAACCUCAGUCAGCAAAACGUUUUUCUGGGCGUACCGCUGGAACUUAUGCCGGAAGAGGCUCGGGUACUCGUCGAUAAAGGCGCUGCGUAUAUCGUGGAUGAUGCGCAGUUUCAUGAAGAGAACUUUGCGAAGAUGAGCAGAGAGGACAGACUCAGGUACAUGGCCGAGAUGGAUAAGAGAGGAGAAGAAGUGGCCAAGGAACAGAGAGAGGCUGCAGAGAGGAGGAAGGAAAGGGCCCUGCGCGACAAGGGUUUGAAGAUAGACGAGGGUAGUCUUGCUGCAAGCUCGGUGUCUGAACAAACGCUCAAAGUGGAUGACUCAAGUCUCUCAGGCUCUGGUCUGGGCUUCAUCAUGAAAGGAUCGAGCUUCUCCGACUCGUAUACGCCAGUGGAACUCACCAAGGUCGACCCGAGUCCUAGUAUCAUCAGCAGUUCCAGCCCUGUUAGCUCAGAAACCAGCACUUCUGAUCUUGCGCACUCUGGUCUUGGGUUCAUCAUGAAGGGCUCAAGCUUCUCGGAGUCGUGGGUACAGGUCAAACCACCAAAGGUUGACUCUCCUGCACCUGCGCCUGCGCCUGUGCCUGCUCCUACCUCGGCCCCUGCACCCGAAGAGUCUCUCUUCGAACCAGUGUCUGUUCCUUCUGAACCUGAACCGUCCACCAAGGGCAACACUGUGAAAGGUGUUGCAGGUCAGAAGCAUUUCGUCACGCCUACGACCUCAUAUCCACCCCUGGAGACCCCCGCUAAGGAGACUGCGGCCCCUCCCCCAAAGGUACCGGACAGUUACCCAUUGUUCCGGUAUUUGCACUCCAAAGGCUACUAUCACAUGCCUGGUCUGCGCUUUGGUUGCCAUUACAACGUGUACCCUGGCGACCCACUUCGCUACCACAGUCACUUUGCUGCGACGGGUCUUGGCUGGGACCAGAAGUUUGAGCUUCUGGACGUAGUCGGCGGCGGGCGUCUCGGUACAGGAACGAAGAAGGCCUACAUGAUUGGCGGUGAGGAUCCAGAAAUAGACGCGAAUGAGAAGGAGCCCGUCAGAGCCUUUUCCGUCGAGUGGGCGGCCCUCUAA